CCUGUCACUUCGACAUCAUGGCGUAGCGAUGUUCACGGACGGCAGGGUCGUACUGGUGGGCACGGAGAAGUUCAGAACACAACUUUUGUGGAUUUUUCUCAGAAAGAACGAGAAGACGAAACUACGGAAGCGCUGAAAUUCUUCGAGAAGAGUUUGGGUUUGUCAGUGACUGAAGAUGAUGUCUGAUGCCAGCGACAUGUUGGCUGCUGCUCUUGAGCAGAUGGAUGGAAUUAUAGCAGGUUCCAAAGCUAUAGACUACUCCAAUGGUUUGUUUGACUGCCAGUCGCCUACGUCACCUUUUAUGGGUAGUUUGCGAGCGCUUCACCUUUUGGAAGACCUAAGAAGUGUCCUAGAGUUGAUGGACUCUGAGGAAAGGGAGAGUCUACGAUGCCAGAUCCCCGACUCCACAGCUGACAGCCUUGUUGAGUGGCUCCACGGUCACAUGUCUAACGGACACAUUUCAUUGGGUGGAGGUGACCAUUACCAGGAGAGGCUUUCACGACUAGAGAGUGAUAAGGAGUCUCUUGUGCUUCAGGUGAGUGUACUGACAGACCAGGUUGAGGCUCAGGGGGAGAAGAUUCGUGAUCUGGACUUGUGUUUGGAUGAGCACAGGGAGAAGCUCAACGCCACAGAGGAGAUGCUGCAACAGGAGCUUCUGUGUAGAACUGCUCUGGAGACUCAGAAGCUUGAGCUUAUGUCUGAAGUGUCCAACCUUAAGCUGAAACUCAACAGUAUGAAAAACGAGAGGCUUGACUUUGAUGACGGAUUUAGGGACAGUGAGGAUUUGAUUCUUGAAAUUAAUGAGCUGCGGUACAGACUGACUGAACUGGAGACUGAAAAACUACAGUAUGAAAAGAAACUUAAAUCCACUAAGUCACUAAUGGCCAAGCUUUCUAGCCUGAAAAUCAAAAUGGGCCAGAUGCAGUAUGAGAAACAGAGGAAAGAGCACAAACUCCAGGCGAUGAAGGAGGAGCUAGCCAUACUGAGGCGGCAGCUGGAGGGCAAAGACGGAGAGAUGAGGAGACUGCAGGACGAGACGGGCUUCAAGGCCAUCGGCUUGAACGGUGCAGAGCCCACAGACAGAGUCUCUCAUCCAGAUGAAACUCUUAGAAAGAGGCUGAAAGAAAAACAUGUGGAAGUCCAGAGGAUGAAGAAGGCAGUGGAGUCUUUGAUGGCAGCAAAUGAAGAAAAGGAUCGUAAAAUUGAAGAACUGAAACAGUCACUGCUGCGGUACAAGAAAGUUCAAGACAUGGUGAUGUCUGUGCAGGGAAAGAAAGAAACAAAGACAAACGAUAAUGAGCACAUUGAGAGUUCUGGUGAUGGAUGCGCCACAGUCCCAGCUAGCUCUCCGUCUGUGGAGUCAGAAAAACAAGAAGGCACAGAUGCUGAACAACUGAGAGGGAAAAGCCCAGAUGAGGUUUGUGGAGAGGGAGAGGAGAUGCUGCAAAGGGCCACGGGUCGGUCUCAAACUUGGUCGAUGGAAAGCCCCAGUGGACUAAGUGAAGAGCCCUCGCCUUCACCCAGCCCGUCUGAUCCAGAGAGAGUGUCAGAAUCUGAACCGGCAGAUGCAGAAAGCAGUCAAGAGAACACAAAGACUGUGACUCAGGAUCACCUGGAUGGGAGCAAAACUGAGCAGAAGACAAGUGAGGAGAUCGGUAGCAUCAGUGAAAAGCCACCCAUAAAUCCUUCAGCCACCUUACCUGCCACCGUAGAGGACGAUCCCUUUGGCUCGAGAAAGGCUCGGUCGUCAUUUGGAAAAGGUUUCUUCAAGAUCCGCGGAGGCAAGAAGACGACCAGUAGUCCAAGCCUUGACCGCAGCAGGAGUGCGAGUGCGCCUAUGCUAGCUGAAACAGAACGACAGGGUACGGACCAUCUCGAUCUGGCAGGGCUGCCACAGAGGUCGAAUAACAGUGACAGCACACACACGCUCCCCACUACUCCAGAAAGCAGAAAAAAAUCCAAAGGAAUAAAAAAGCUCUUUGGGAAGUUAAAAAGGAGCCAGUCUACCACAUUUAAUUUGGAUGACAAUCUACCAGAGGGUGAGUUCAAGCGAGGAGGAGUGCGUGCCACAGCAGGACCCAGACUGGGUUGGUCUCGUGACCUUCAAAGGGUCAACAAUGACGUAGACGCUCCCUUUGCACGCUGGCCGAAGGAUCAGGUGUGCGACUGGCUGCAGGAGCAGGGUCUUGGUCUUUAUGUAAACAUGGCUCGCGCGUGGAUCUCCUCUGGACAGACGCUGCUACAGGCCUCGCAGCUGGACCUGGAGAGGGAGCUGGGCAUCAAACACCCGCUGCACAGAAAGAAGCUCCAGCUGGCUCUUCAGGCCCUCGGCUCAGAGGAGGAGGACAAUAAGGGAAAGCUGGACUACAACUGGGUGACAAGAUGGCUGGAUGACAUCGGCCUGCCUCAGUAUAAGACCCAGUUUGAUGAGGGAAGAGUGGACGGUCGCAUGCUGCACUACAUGACUGUGGAUGACCUGCUUUCCCUGAAGGUGGGCAGCGUUCUGCAUCACCUCAGCAUCAAGAGAGCUAUUCAAGUCCUCCGACUCAACAACUAUGAGCCUAACUGCCUCCGUCGCCGGCCGUCAGACGAGAACAACAUUUCACCGGCAGAGAUUUCCCAGUGGACCAACCACAGGGUGAUGGAGUGGCUGAGGUCUGUGGAUCUCGCUGAAUAUGCUCCCAACCUGAGAGGCAGCGGCGUCCAUGGGGGCCUGAUGGUUCUGGAGCCACGGUUCAAUGUGGAGACGAUGGCUUUGCUGCUGAACAUCCCCCCCAACAAGACUCUGCUGCGGCGCCACCUUGCCACACAUUUCAACCUGCUCAUUGGUUCAGAGGCCCAGCAGCUCAAACAGGAGUGUCUCGAAAACCCAGACUACACUUUGCUUACUGCAACCACUAAGGUCAAGCCAAAGAAACUAUCAUUCGGUAAUUUUGGCAGUCUGAGGAAGAAAAAGCAGGAAGAGAACGAGGAGUAUGUGUGUCCGAUGGACGUGGAGAUGCCAAAGGGUCGGAGCUUCCAAAAAGGCUUCGAGCUCCAAAUCUAUGAAGAUGACCUCGACCGGCUAGAACAGAUGGAGGACUCUGAGGGAACCGUGAGACAGAUUGGUGCUUUCUCUGAGGGCAUUCAGAAUCUGACGAGCAUGCUGAAAGACGACGAACUCUUCAAAGAGAUCUCCAAUUCUCCGAACCCCAGCGUAACCGACGACGACUCCAACGCAUGAGGCUGUCAGCAUCAGACCUGAUCCUGCUGUGAAUGAAACUCUGUGCCAACCCUCUCCACUUGCACACACGCGUCUCAACAAAAAAACAAGAAUGCUCCCACAUUUUCCUCAUUUUUAGUGUUACAUUCAAAGAAGAGCCAAAAGUAUUAGCGUCGUGUCUUUCUAGUUGAUUUUUAAAUGUUGAAGCCUUCGGUCCAGAGGCCACUUUCACUCCUGAACUUAGUCUUCAUUACUCCCGACUGAUGUCAGAGGGAACAUGUAGGAUAACACCACUGUUUGCCUGCCAGCUGGUUUCUGGAGAUAUUAUUUCUGUGUUCUAUUCGGGUACCUUCCUGUUUUAACUGAAGUGAAAACCAGCAAAAAAAAAAAAAAAAACAUCUAGAAAAUGCCUAUAUAGAUUUAAUAUAUGACUUUUAAAUUGCCUUUUGACUGUGGCAAUGCUAGAAGAAAGAGUUGGACUAGAAGUGAUGUGUUGAGACUGUUUCCAUUUUGAAGUUAUAAAGAAAAAACCCUCAAACAGCUGCUAUGUUUUCUACACAACUGAACUCUGCUAAAGGAAAUGAGAACAGUCUUUAAAUAUUAUUCUGUCACUUAUACAUUUACAAAUGUGCAUAUACAGUAUAAAGCAAGAAUCUUGCUGCAUGUUUUGAAACUGCAACACAGUCAUAUAAGAACUCAUCAUUGUUUUUACCAAAAAAGGAUUUUUAAUGGAAACCUGCAGUUAUUUCUGGGGAAAUGUUGUGCUGCAAGGAAACGUCUGGUUUUCUCAAAGCGAUAAUGCCUUCUGCAGCUCUCCACCUUCCCUGAAAAGAUGUCUUUUUUGUACACUUAUGCAAUUAAUAAAUCAAUAAAGUAAUUUAAAUACGUUUGUUUUCUUUGAAGAAAUUAAAUCCACACCUGUCAAAAUGUCCGAUUUAUUUUUUUAUUUUAUUUUUUUUCUUCAAGCUUCGGGGACGCAAGAACUCUCUAAUGUUGGUCGAUAAUGUUGACCGAUAAUUGGAGAUGACAAAAUGUGCUCUACACAACUGCUCUGUAAUCAGGAUUUCUGUGUUUUGUUCAACAAUUAAAUCCUCCACAAAGA